GUAAUUGAUCCCAGAACUAUGGUAUAAAUACAUUAAGGGCACAAUUAUAUUUCUUACCAUAUAGAUCAACCAUAAACACAAAUGGGUUCUAGGACAGAAGCUGAUAGUAAAUCUCAUGUCUUAUGUAUUCCAUGGCCAGCUCAAAGCCAUAUAAAAGCCAUGCUUAAAUUAGCGAAGCUUCUUCAUUCAAGAGGCUUUCACAUCACUUUUGUGAACACCGAGUACAACCACAAACGAUUUCUUAAAUCUCUUGGUCCUGACUCCCUCCAAGGCUUGCCUGACUUCCGAUUCGAAACAAUUCCGGACGGCCUCCCUCCAUCAGAUAAUGAUACCACCCAAGAUGUGUUUGCUCUUUGUAGAGCCGUCCAAGAGAACAUGUUGGCUCCAUUUCGUGACCUCCUAAAAAGGCUCAAUGAUAACGGAAAUUCCAACAUGCCCCCGGUGACAAGCAUUGUUUCCGAUGCUACCAUGUUGUCGUUCACUAUUACCGCUGGAGAAGAGCUAGGAAUUCCUGUGGUGUUGUUAUACACUAUCUCUGCUUGUUUCUUCAUGGGCAUGAAACAAUAUCAUACUGUGGUGGAAAAGUUAGGCCAUCAUCCAAGUAAAGACACAGUUAUAGACUGGAUUCUGGGAAUGAAAGAUAUACACGUCAAAGAUCUACCAAGCUCUCCUUCGACAGCAAAUCCAGAGGAUUGUAAACUCCUUAAUAAUUUUAGCUCGGAAGCAACUAAUGGAGCUCAUAAAGCUACAGCAGUUAUAUUCCACACCUUCUAUGCAUUGGAGAAAGAUGUUUUGGAUGCUCUUUCGGCUAUGCUGCCGACAGUGUUUGCAAUUGGUCCUCUCGAGCUUCUUCUAAAUGGCAUAAAAGAAGACGCUUUGAAGCUUAAUUACAGCCUUUGGAAGGAAGAAAGUGAGUGCCUCCAAUGGCUUGAUACCAAAGCACCAAACUCGGUUUUGUAUGUGAACUUCGGGAGCGUAGCAAUGUUGUCUAAACAACAACUUGUGGAGUUUGCAUUUGGACUUGCAAAUAGCAAACACCCUUUUGUGUGGAUAAUUAGGCCAGAUUUGGUAAUUGGUGAAUCAGCCAUUUUGCCACCUGAGUUUGUGAAUGAAACUAAAGAAAGAAGCCUAAUUGCGAGUUGGUGUUCACAAGAGGAACUUCUUAAUCACCCAUCAAUUGGAGGGUUCUUAACACACAGUGGUUGGAAUUCAACCAUUGAGAGUUUGUCUUCUGGUGUUCCAAUGCUGUGUUGGCCCUUCUAUGGGGACCAACCGAUGAACUGUCGAUAUACUUGCAAGGAAUGGGGGAUCGGAUUGAAGAUUGAUAAUGAAGUGAAGAGAGAGGAAGUAGAACAGCUUGUUAGGGAGCUGAUGGAAGGAGAAAGAGGUAAAAACUUGAAAAGGAAAGUCAUGGAGUGGAAAAGACUAGCUGAAGAGGCCAUUGCUCCGGAUGGCUCUUCAUCCAAAGACUUUGAUAGUUUGGUGAGGCAGUUCCUUUAAUUUCAUGAGAAUGCUACCUAGCUCUCUCCGGAAGAACAUAUUAAUAUUAUUCUUGAUACGUUAGUUUCCACAGUGAUUAUUAUUCUGUUAUAUGAAUUGAAUUUGUUAUCAAUCAUGUAUUGUUAUAUAUAUAUAUAUAUAUAUAUGAAUAUCUGCAAGAAAAAUUUCAUUAGUAACAAUAUUUGUAAUGUCAAUAUGAAUGUUCCCACUAUGUAGUUUUUUCUUGGCCAUGUGUUGUAGUUGCCAUUGAUUUUCUUUAGCAAAAAUGUUGUGGGCAGAAAUAAAAGUUACCACAUAUAAAUGCCACUAAAGACAAAAUUAAGCUGCAAAAACACAGUUUGCCAUGGAUUAUAUUGUCGCUAAAUUGUUGAAAUUUUGGCAAAAUUAAACUAGUGCAACUGAUGCCAAAUAAUUUAGUAGCAAGACUAAUUUAUCGCCGGUAAAAUAGAAAAUGAGAAAAUAAAGUUCGUCUCGCGGAUAGGACUAAGCCACCGUAAAAGCAUAAAACUAAACCUUCUCUCUCACCCUCCUUGUACAGUAGCCCGCUUCUCUCUCCCUCAUCCUCUUUGUCUAGGAAUCUGAACUCAAUCUCUGCCAUUCUGAUUUCCAUUGAAGACUUAUUUCACAGAGCGAACAAUGGUAGCUUCUUCGGACAGGAAUUUGAUCGGGGGUUGUUGACGGUGGACUGCAGUUCUGCAAUUUGUGAUGGUUUCGGGUCGUCACCGACUGUCAUUGUUUCUUCAAUCUCCAAUCUCUGACUUUCACUGUUUCUGCAAUUAUGAUGCUUAUGCUUAUGCUUUGCUUUCCACGCUUGGCUCCGGAUUUGGAAGGCUUAUGAUUUCCACGCUUGGCGUCGCCUCCAUAAGCACUUUCAAGGUUUUGGUAGAGCGAGGAAGUGAAGUGGGCUUAUACAUGGUAAGUUUAUGUUAGGCAUGCAGAAUACGAAAUUACAGGAGGGACUAGGGUGUGUUGUUUUUCAAGGGGAGAACACAUGUUGGCAAUGGAGGCAGAGCAGAGUUCGCUUGCUGGAAAUGGAGAUUUGUAGUGUGAACCUAAACUUCUUGGGAAGAGUUCAAUGUUGGAUUUAGAUCUCACAGACCAAUGGUUCUUGAACGAGCAAAAGUUGGUCGCUACUUACCAAAUUUUGAGAGCAACAGUCUAUACUAAUUGCAUUUUAGUAGAAAACACAUUUAGAUGACUUCAUUUGAUAGAGAAACUAUGUCCUUUUCUUGUUAAUGCUAUUGUUAUAGAAGAAUGGAUGCUGCAAACACUGUCAUGGAGGAUAAAUCCUAUGUGGCAUCAUUGGCCCCUGCCCUGUUACUCAUUGUUAAUGUUGAUAUUAUAGUCUUGCUUGCUAAAUGUAAGUUUUUACUCAUUGUUAAUAUUAUUACCACAUAGGUAUAUAUAUUCUUACUUUGCAAAUUUGUAGAAUAAGAAGGCAAGGCUCCUCCUUUCUCUUGCACUGGGCCCUGUUUUGUUCUAGAGUUUUGCAGUAUGGCUCCUUUGGUUCUACCAUGCGAAGGUACUUUAAGUCUUCCUGAUAUUUGAAGUUUGAACAGUUAAUCAGGUUUCCCAAGUCCCAUGUCAAUUUACCCACUCUAACUGGCUCUGAUAAUAGGCAAUUAUGGUUUUGGUUCAUCAUAACCUUCUUGCUGUACACCGAAACUUGAGCCCUUUCCAAAAGUCCUAAUACUUACUAAAAGUCCAAGGUUUCAACAUUUGACUUCUUCCUUUAAUUUUUUUCCCCUCCAUCCUACAAGCUUAUCAAGAACAGUUGUCGAGACUUUCUAAGGCAGAGGCUUUUGGAUGUCCUAAUUUCAGGGAAGAGAACUUGCAAGCGUCAAUUCUGAUAUCAAAAACUCACAAGCUAGGUUGAUGACAUUGGUUGUACCAUAAGAAAGCUGCAAAGGUGACCCAAGAUUUCGUUGUUGGUGCCAACUAAGUUUAGGAUAAAAUGCUCUGCUGGAGGUUGAGGAUCAUACAUGUUGGGAUUACGGUUGUCGGAGAUGUUGCUAUUAAUUUAUAGGGUGCUUUUACGAUUCCAAUUUAAAAGAUGUGUCGUGUUUUAGCUGCUAAAUUGCUUGCUGUUAGGAAGUAAUAAAUUUUUGUUUGGGGGAA